AUGGGCUACCUGAGCCUGCCUUACAGCCAGGAGCCGGCGGGGUUUCCAGGUGUGGUUCGUGUAUCUGGUGCAAAGGCAUCUCAUGGAAGCCAUGCAGUUAUCUCUCGACGGAAACGGAACAUCCUUUUCCCGAGCGGAGUCAAGCUCUGUGCACAGGAGACCGCCCAGCAGGUUUUUGCAAACCAUCUGAGCUACUUUCAUCUCAGAGUGUGCCAGGAGACCAUAUGGGAGGCUUUCAAGAUCUUCUGGGACCGCCUCCCAGAGCAAGAAGAGUACCAAAGCUGGAUGAGCCGGUGCCAGGAGGGCACAGUCACGGCACAGGAUAUUGGCAACUACUUCAGCCAAUCAGAGGAGCAUCAGGCUCUGGUUAAAAAGAGAAUGUCACGGCCAGUGAGCCCACCAGGUCCUGGCAACAUAUGUGCAGAAGAUGCAGCUAAAGGGGAGGAGGUGGAGGAAGCAGCUGUCACUGUCCCAGAGGCGGAGGAGAGUUCUCUGGACAAUGACAUCGCCUUGGAGCCCCCCACCCCCGCCGUGCUGGAGCAGGUGGUGGAGCUCAGCAUCCUCCUGACCGGAGAGAUGUACAGCGACAACCUCGACGAUCCAGCCAGCCUCCAGUACCAAACACUCAGCAGACAGCUUGCUGAAAAGAUAGAGGAUGCUCUGGAGGGCCUUCCUGGAUUCAAGAGUGUGUCUGUGCUGGACUUCAGGCCCCAGAAGGACACCCAAGGGUUGGAUGGCGUGGUGGUGGACUACGCUGUCACAGUGGUGGUGGAUGGAGCAGGAGUGAGCAGUGAACAACUGGAUUACCUGACCUUGCAGUCAAACCGGGUGGAGAACUCGUACCGCGAGGUCAUGGAGCGCCCGACGGUGAUCUACACCAUCAGCGAGGUCAAAAACUUUGCCACUGAAGCCCUGCAUCACCACAAGCUGGAGAGUGUGUCUGAGGUCCCUGACUCUGUCAACGCUGCAGACGGAGCCGCGACCGCAGCGGUGCAGAUUAAUGCUGCCGAUGAGCCACAAGAGGACGUGAUCCUAGAAGAGGACACUGAAGAUGUCAACAAAGACGCUGUUCUGCCCGAGCUCUCCGAAACCAACACAGUGGCGACAGAAGAAAACGACGUCGUCGUUCUGGAGGAAAGCGCAGUUGUGUCUCCAGCUCCUGUCCUGACCACCAGCACACCUGAAGCUGGCAGCCUUGCGGAGGAGGGUCUGCUACUGGAGGAUACUGUGCAGACUCCUGCUGUGGAAAACCCCCCGCCAGAGGAGCUCCCAGCUGAGCUUCCAGCCCCAGAGCUGCCAGAGGGAGUCACACUGCCUGAACCACCUGUAGAGGUUGAGGCCUCUGGUUCAGGCACAGAUGACAUGGAGGACCUUGUCCGGUCAUCAACUCCCACAGAGACAGAAGAAGAAGAAGAAGAAGUGUCUCCUCAGGAGACAGAUUCAGAAGAUGGGCUGUUAACAGAAGAUAUCACCAUCAGUGCAGAUGCCACCUCUGAAGCUGAAACAGAGGAAGUUGAGGUUGCGGCAGUGGGAGAAGAACCUACUGCUGCAGCUGUGGAAGAGGAGCAUCUGAACGAGGUUGUUGUGAAUGAGGCAGAGAUUCCAGAGGAGCUUGAGAUCUCCACUGUUGCAAGUGAGACCACAGAAGAAGAGGGCCUGCCUGCUCUAGUCCCACCUCCUGAGGCUGUAGAUGUAGCGAGUGAAGCAUCUGAGCCAGCGGCAGCAGAAGCAGGUCUGCUUCCUGGUGAUGAAGAAACGGUGGAGGGCACAGAAGAAGAGUCCAAAGUCAUAGAUGUUCCACCUGCGGAUGAGGAAGUUAACCCUGAACAGCCUGUGGAAGACGCAGACAUUAAUGUGUUGUUGACCCAUCCUGAGGAACCUGUAUUUGAAGAGGGUGGAAUGGAGGAAGCGUCAGAGAGCGAGGGACAAGAGGUGAAGGCAGAGACUGUACCUGAAGCUCCGGCGGUAGAGGAAGAGGCCCCGGCAGCUCCGGAGAUCUCAACAGAGGAUCUUACAGAAGAUGAGAUCCUACUGGUCAACAAGGAUGAACCAGAGCCACCAGUGACAGAUUUUCUGAGUCCUGCAGGACCGACCGCCCUGUCUCCAGAGAGGGAGUCACCUUUCACCAGUAUCUCUGUCGUUAACCCUGCCACUGAGGGGCAACCUGACAUCAUCAUCCCUUCACUGGUGGAGGUCCAGACCUCUAAUGAAGGCCUGGAUGAUGCCACCAUUGGAGACCAGGGCUUUGGUGUGAUCCAUUAUGGUUAUGGUUUGAUUAACCACACGGAGGAGGGCAGCACUGACUUUCCGUUUGGUGUGGCACCCGGCACAGACCAAGCCAGUAUCGCCAUGCCUGUGAACCCUGGACGAGCACUGAUGGUGUUCUUCAGCCUGAGAGUCACCAACAUGAUCUUCUCAGAUGAUCUCUUUAACAAGAGCUCCCCAGAAUACAAAGCUCUGGAGCAACGCUUCCUGGAGCUGCUUGUGCCCUACCUGCAGUCCAACCUGAGUAACUUUGAGAACCUGGAGAUCCUGAACUUCAGGAAUGGGAGCAUUGUGGUCAAUAGCCGGAUGAAAUUUGGAAAGCCUGUGCAACAAGGCGUCACUACCACUGUCUAUUUGAUCCUGGAGGACUUCUGUAACACAGCUUACCAGACCAUGAACCUGGCCAUCGAUAAGUACUCACUGGACGUCGAGUCGGGUGACCAGGCUGACCCCUGUAAGUUCCAGGCGUGUAAUGAGUACGCGGAGUGUAAGGUGAACAAGUGGUCGGGGGAGGCGGAGUGUGUCUGCAACGCUGGCUACUUCAGCGUGGACGGCCUGCCGUGUCAGAGCAUCUGUGAGCUGCGGACUGACUUUUGCCUCAAUGACGGCAAGUGUGACAUCAUCCCCGGCCAGGGAGCCAUCUGCAGGUGUCGCGUGGGGGAGAACUGGUGGUACAGAGGAGAGCACUGUGAGGAGUACGUAUCUGAGCCGCUGGUGGUCGGCAUUGCGAUCGCCUCCGUUGCUGGAUUCCUAUUGGUGGCCUCCGGCGUCAUCUUCUUCCUCGCCAGGACGCUACGGGACCAGUAUGACAAGGAUGAGUCAGAGGACCCAAUACGGCGAGCAGAGAGUCUCCCGUCGCUGGAGAGGGCGACCAAGUACAACCCCAUGUACGAGAGCGAAGCCACCACAGGCUACAGCCACUACUACCGCCGCUACCCUGAGGCUCCUGUGUACAGCAGCGCCAGUGCCGAGGCCUCCAGUGACUUCAGCAGCGAGGAGAUACGACACAUCUAUGAGAACAGUGAACUGACGAAGGAGGAAAUCCAGGACAGGAUACGCAUUAUUGAGCUCUACGCUAAGGACCGGCAGUUUGCUGAUUUUGUACGGCAGCAUCAAGCCGCUCUGGAUACCCGCAGAGAGAGCUCCUCUACAUAGAGACGAACCUCUCCCGUGAACAACAAGAAACAUGCUUCUGUGUUUGAAAAGUGAAGCUUGCCGUCAAGGCUUGCUCGCCACGGCCCUCAGAAUUUGGACUGAUUCCUGAUCAGCCUGCACGGCGCUGCCUGCGUGGGCAGAAGCGUCGACUGUUCUUCCUCCUUCCUUGGUGCCUUCUCUCGACUGGGUGAGCCGGCUGUGACAUCAGGGGACGCGUUUGCUGCUCAUCGACUGGACGUCUCCCUCUGGGAAAAACUGGACCGCAUCCUAUUACUUGAAAUGUUGUCAGACACAUCACAAUACUGUCCUACAGUACUUUUGCUCAGUGGAACAAGCAGUUUAGUCUCAUCAUGUCGCAUCCGUACAGUUUUAAAGGGAAGAACUAAAACUGUGAAUAUGUAUAUAGUGUCGCUGUUAGAGUGUUUGCUAGUUAAGAUGUUAUUCUGAACAGUUUUGUCUACCUUUGUCUCUACAAAGCUCAAAUGUACUCUUUAGUUCUCCUCACAGAGGCACAGAGAGCGCUGAUCUUUCUUAGUCGAUGGUGCUAUCUAUUUUAGAGUACUCUUAGAAAUGAAGUGGUCUGUGAUGACUUCAUUUUUACAAUUUAAAGGCAACACAACUCUGUAUAUGCUGCUGUACGUUAAAGGAAUAGUUCAACAUUUUGAGAAAUGACACGUAUUCCCUGUCUGGCAAAAAGUUAGAUAUGAGGGUCUAUUGAACUCUCACUAUGUGUCUGUUAAAGACGAAGCUACAGCCAGCAACUGUUAGCUUAGCAAUGCUGGGAACAGGAGGAAACAGCUGGCCGGAUUCUGUCCAAUGGUAACAAAAUCUGCCCAUGUAAGCGUGUGCAUAAAAAAAAAAGAUAGAGCCUGUUAAUUAAGCUUCAGAGGUGCUGGUAGGUGGAUUUUGUGACUGCUGGAUAGAGCAGGGUUCGCCGUAUCCCCGUUUUCAGUCUUACUGCUAAGCUGAGCUGAAAGGCUUUAGCCUUUAUUUAAUAUACAGAUAUGAAAGUGGUAUGGAUCUAAAUCUGCCAGCAAGUAACAAUUUCCUAAGAUGAGGAACUAUUCCUUUAAGGUGGCCAAAUGUAGUGUUAGUGUCUGUAUCAUACUGCUCAUCAAUGUAAAAGCAGCUUUUUACAGUCUGAAUGUUGAGUCAGACGUUAUUCCACCUGCUUUUCUACUGGCAGGUGAUCUUUCUGACUUUCUAGCAGCUCCAUCCAUCAGAAGCGUUGCUGUAUGUUUGUAAAUGCAUGACUGGUAGACAUGAGGAAGCGAAAGCAGCGGUGAUGGGAGGAAGGCGGAGAGCAUGAACUCAGUACAGCUCUGUGAUCCAGAAAUAAAUGAGAGCAUGUGGAAAAAGGCUGUGAGGCAAGCGGCCCGGAGACUUGAUCAAAUGGUCUGAUUUUAGAUGUCGUAUGUAAUGCAUCUGAAAGAGCAGGGAGACCAGGAAAAGCAAGCUGAUAAACAACGUGCGCUCUUUGGAAAGACAGCCUCAAGCUGCGUCUCCUGCUGAAAAAACUUACAAGGUUACCAGCAGUUCUUCAAUAAUGAUCUGCCCCGUGCAAACGCCUGACAGACUAAUUCCAGUGUUUUCUUUGGUAUUGUCAUAUGUUCCCUGGACUCAUGUUUGAGCCUCGUUGUCCCUUGAGCGGACCUCGCAGCUGCAGCUGAUUAUGAUCGGUAGGUUUUCGUUUGUUGUUGUUCGUCAGUUCUCUUAGGAGGUCAGAACCAGACACGUAGAUCAUGUCCUAGCUUCUUGUUUACAUUACAUGCUUCUCAUCCUUUUCCCUUAUUCUAGAGGUCUAUACGAGCGAAAAACACCAGUGAAGCAGACUCGUGACAGUGUCAUGCCUUCUGCAAUCUGCAGAUUCAGCUUUAUUUUUGUAUGUAUGCUUUUUUGUGUCUGCAUACAGUUUUUGUCAGUGUCUACAUCUGCCACCAUGACAAGCAGCCAAUCAUCCCAUACAGUGUUCUGUCAUGUAAAUAACACUGAAGGUAUUGUUAACAGUUGUAGGAUGUAAAUCAUGUGUGUCUCAAAUGUUUCAAUAUAUGUGUAUAUUUCAAUAUAUAUAUGUGUCAAUAUAUGAACAUAUUCUUUUUAUACGGAUAACUGU